AUGAGAUCCAACCAGCCUCCAGAGAACGGUACAACAGAAGAUGGUGAAUCCAUACCUGUGGAAGAAAAUGAUUCUAGUGAUGAAGACAAGAAUGAUUAUGGCAUUGAGCAUGAUCCUGGAUUGAUGGCUCCAAUCUCAAGCUAUGAUGUCAAUGACCAAGAUUCAGUUAGAAGGGCAUACAUUGCAUUAGGGCCAUGUCAACCAAAGAUGAAGAGGGAUGCUUUUCCGCAACAUGAUUGUGGAGAUAACUGCAAAUUUCCUGGUGGAGAUGCUUUUGUUGUUGAAGGGUUUAGAAAUUGGAAUAUGAAAAAGAGAAUUCAUAGGCAUGUUGGUGCUAUUGAUAGUGCUCAUAGUGAAGCUGAAGAGAAAUAUAGAUUGUUCACAAGACCUAAGGCAUCAAUCCUUGAAUCUGUUGCAUCAAACACUGCACAGUUCAAGGCUAAGUAUCUAGCUCGCUUGACAUGGUCACUUAAGUGCAUAAGAUUUCUGUUGCGUCAAGGGUUGGCUUUUAGAGGUCAUGAUGAAACAAAGAAUUCACUCAACAAGGGGAAUUUUCGGGAACUUUUAGCAUGGCUAGCAGGAAACUUUGAAGAGGUUAAUCUAGUGGUACUAGAGAAUGCACCACAAAAUUGUCAGAUGAUAGAUCACAAGAUCCAGAAACAACUCAUUGAUGCUUGUGCUCAUGAAACAACUAAAUUUAUCAUUGAUGAACUUGGUGAUGAGUGUUUUGCAAUUCUUGCUGAUGAGUCAAGUGAUGCAUACCUACUGGAACAAUUGGCUCUUUGUUUGCGUUUUGUCAAUAAAAAAGGAGAACCAGUUGAGCGGUUUCUAGGUCUUGUCCAAGUUGAAGAUACUACAUCAUUGACCCUUAAAGAAGCAAUUCAAUCCUUACUUAUCAAAUAUCAAUUGCCCCUAUCCAAGGUACGUGGUCAAGGGUAUGAUGGAGCUAGUAAUAUGAAGGGUCAUGUUAAUGGGAUGUCUUGUAAAAAGAUCCGCAUGCUUCGCAUUGCUCAAGCUGAAUACAUGAUUGAAGCAUUGAAAUUGGAUGAAAUUGAAACCGGGCAAGGAUUGAAUCAAGAGAUGGGCUUAGCAAGGCCAGGUGAGACUGAGGUGCCGGACUCCCAGAUGGACAUUGCCGAAGUCGACGAACCUGACGCCGUGUAUGCCCUAGUGAAGCUGGCUUCAAUAGAUGUUAACAAGUUUCAAUCCAACAAGGACGUCAAUGAUGCUGCAGCAACUCUACUUUGGAUUGGUCGUGGGUACUAUAAUGUUUCUAAUGGAUUGCCAAAAAUUUCAUAUAAAGGUCUGGACACUGAGAAGCUUGAAGAAACUAAGAUGUCCAUGUUCAAGAUUAUUUUUCCUUCCUUGUACUAG